GGUCAGCCGCGGCCUCUUGCUGUGGGAAAGCAGAUGUCGGGCCGCGACACGUACCCGCGCAGCUGCCGUUCAGUCCCCGCGGGCUCCGCCCGCUCCUCUGGCGCCGAACGUUCCGUUUUUGGUCAAAGUUUUUAAGAGAAAUGAAUAGAAAUAACCCAUUUUGAAGAAGCCAUGGCAAAAUCAAUUCCAAAACACAGAGUUUGUUCUCGAGAAUCUUCAGUAUCUUCUCUGUUAGCAAGUUGCAGCCUGAGUGGUAGUAAUUCCUCUAACUCUGAUGGCUCUUUUCAGUAUAAGAAUAAACUGUAUCGUUCUGCAUCUCAGGCUCUGCAGGCCUACAUUGAUGAUUUUGAUUCAAGCCACCAAAUGUAUCCUGGUGCAAGCACGGGAAAGGUUAAUGCUGGUAGAUGUUCUGCUCAUGUGCCAGAAUUCUCCAACUGUAUUUAUAAAGCAAACCAUGCUUUUGAAAAUCUUGAUCCCAAAAAAAGCUCUUCAUCCUUAUUUUGUAGAAGAAAGACUAUUAAUGACAUAGACUCCAUUAGCCUAACAACUGAUGAUCUAUUAAAACUUCCAGCGGAUGGAUCAUUUUCUUUCACUAACAUUGGAUUAAGUCACCGAAUUAGCAAGAAAAACAAGAAGUGCAUUGGAAGACUGAGUUCAUGGGAUACUGAAAAGAAACAAAAUUUUCAAGAACCUUCCACUCCUUUGUGCAAGGAUAACGUAAUUACUCCUGUUAUAUAUACAAAUAUAAAUGGAAGGCAUCGUGGUAGGCUAAAAAACCCAAAACUUGUGAAUAAGACUAAUAAAUGCAUUUCAGAACCAUCUUUAUCGUUUUCCAAGAAAUUGUCUUUCAAGGACAGUGCAGAACACAGUUGUGAAAAGAAUUACCCAAGAUGGCUCACUAGCCAGAAAUCUGACCUUAAUGUUUCAGGAAUAACUAGUCUACCUGACUUCACAUACCCAGUCUGGCUCCAUCAUCAAGACUUGCUACCUGAUACAAAGAGUCAAAGGAUUUCUAAAAUAUUUAAAGAAGAACAGUGUUCCCCUAGGCAUAGUUACCAGGCACAAAGAACUUCUCGACUUAUGAAUAAAUUAGAUUGUUUUGAAUAUUCUUUUGAACCCUCAAACAUUUCAGAUUCCUUGAGUGAUGAUAAAGGAUUAAUUAAUGAAUGUAAAUGUGAUUCUGAACAUAGCCACUGUCAGUGUGAGAAUCCAGUUCUCCCAGGACCAACCAAAAAGCCCUUCAGUGGUGACAAGAUUGAAUUGCUUAUCCUGAAGGCCAAGAGAAAUCUAGAGCAUUGUAGUGAAGAGUUACCGAAGUCUACAAAAAAGGAUGAUAGUCCUUGUUCGUUAGAUAAACUUGAAGCAGAAAGAUCAUGGGAAAAUAUUCCUGUUACUUUCAAAUCUCCUGUUCCUGUUAACUCUGAUGAUAGUCCUCAACAAACUUCACAAGCAAAGUGUGCUAACGGGUUCCUUGAAGAUUUUUUAAAUGAUGAUAAUCAGAGUUGUACCCUUUCUGGAGGGAAACAUCAUGGUCCUGUUGAAGCCUUAAAACAAAUGUUAUUUAAUCUUCAAGCAGUACAGGAAAGUUUUAAUCAGAAUAAAACAGCAGAACUGAGAGAAGAGAUUAAUCAAGUUUCAGAAGACAAUUUCUCUAAAUUGCAGUUGAAGGAAAGUAUGGUUCCUAUUACUAGGUCACUUCAAAAGGCUUUGCACCAUUUAUCUCGCCUGCGAGACCUGGUUGAUGAUACCAGUGGGAAACAGUCACCGAAAAUGUGAAGAGGAAAAUAAAACAGUCCAACCAAUAAAUAGUCACCACAGAACAAAGAUGUAUUUUUUUUCCUAGUGCUUAAACUGAUAAAUUAUAAGCCAUAUAUUAUUCUGUGAUUGGUUCAAGUAUUAUAUAUUUUUAAAAAAAACAAACUUGAAAACAUACAUAGGUUUUGUGACCUAUCUUCAUUUUAUGCCAAAAUACCAGAAUGUGAACUGGAAGGACCCACACUGUGUCCUGCAGUCGGACUUUGGUUUUCAGGCCAGCACAUAUCCAAUAUUCAGAGAUGGAUGAUGUCUGUUAUUGAAGCGUAUGUGGACUUAAUCUUGAGCAUCUUCAUCAUUUUAUCAUCUGGUUCUGGAUUAUUGAGCAACUCUUCCUGGUUUCUGUCCAAAAUCUCUUAAGUAGACCUUUUUAUACAAUUAGCAUCUACUUUUAAGUAGGUUAAAGGAGUAUCAAAAUUGUUAUGGUGUAUCUUAUGCAUGUGGAAGUAUGUUACUCUUAAUUUUUAUAAAUACUUAAUAUAGUUUUUGCAAAUAAGAAUGGGGUGGUGCAGAGCUAAAAGAUAUGUCUUAUGUUGUGAAAUCCAAGAGAAAACCUUACUUAAUUAAUGCUUUGAUUUUGAAUCUAUGUAAGAUAAUUUUGAUACUACUGGUCAGUUUAUAAAACAUUUUUGGGGAGUAUAUUUGAGAAUUUAAUAUUUUGAUACUAUAUUAUUUCCCACAUUUUAGUUUUGGGGUUAGCUCCAACUAGUAAAAGUUACGAGAUCAGUGCCUAAUCUCUUUAUGCAAUUUUUUAAGUAAACUUAAAAUGAAUGUAAAAUCCAAAAGCAACUGUAUUACAAAGCUGUUUUGUAAGAGCUGAACUUUCUUUAAAGCAAUCUGUAAAGUUUGUCUCUAGCUGGAACUGAGCAGAGUUCUGUAAUUUUACAUUUUCUACCGAUUAAACAUCUAAUAAGCAAGAAAGCAUCUUUGUCAACGAAACUAGGAAUUAAAUCAUAACGCAUGUUUAAAAAGCCCGAUGAAAUGAAAAAAAUUGUAUGCAUACAAACAGUACAAAUUAACACUGCCCAAAUUAUAGCAUCUUUGCUAGGUAGCUUUACUGUCAAAUAGGAAUUUCUAAGUACAUUGUGUUGAAGAAUUUUUUCCCCCCAAAUUGAAAGCAUUAUUUAAGACUUUUGCUAUAAACUUAGAUGUCAAAAACUGUAUAGAGUGAACUCUGUUAUUUUUUCUUGGCCAGUGAGUCAGAAUUCCCACUAUACAGUUGUUUUUACCCAGUUUGAGAGUCACUUGCCAUUAAGUUUUGUUUACUCUGUGGAGGUAUUUUUGCCACUAACAUUUUAUUUUCUGAUUAUUGCCUUCUACUUCAAAACACAGUUUGCAUGUAAUCGAACAUGGUAUUACUCGGAUGAUGAAAGUAUGGCUGGCUGUUAAAAAUGCGGAUUUUAAGUGGGUGAAUAUGAGGUGGAUCUUAGUUGAUCAUAUUCCUUCCAGGCCUUGCCAGAUCCACCGUUAGACAAAUUCUGUAGAAGACAGGGAAGGUGACUACAUCAGAUAAUUAACUUCUAUUUGCAUAUAUGUUGAUCAGACCUAGUAUUUAGUACGCCUGAAAAGCAUUUCUGAAGGAUUAUGCUAUACUGACUGUCAGGCUGUUCAUGGAUUUGGUUAGUGCUGUCAUUUCCAAGAAAAUGUCUCCAAUGCUAAAUAAGAUAAGCCACCUAAAUUUUUAUAUUUAUAACUAAUAUUCUAAGAAACUUGAUUAUACUUAAAGGAGUAUUUUUCCUGUUGUGUUAAAUAUGGAAGCCUAGUCAUUUACCUUAAAAGGGAAUUAACUUUAUUAAAAUGAUUAAUUCCAACUUUUUUAAAAAAGAAAUGUAUAGGAGAGUCAACUAAGAACAAUCUAAAUGAUAAAUGAUCAUGAAAUUCUCUAAAGAAUUAGUUACAUGUUAAAUAUUUAAGUAUUUUUUAGUGUGAGUUAUCCAGAGGUAAAAGGGUGACAACUGUAUGAGACUGCUGAGCUGUAAAUUAAAAGCAGACAGAACAAUUACAGGUUUUAAAAAUUGGAGUGGGAAUAUAAAUUUUUAUCAAUCCAUUACUUUUAGGUAUAUUUAAAAGUGUUAGAAAAAGAAUUUUAAUAAGAUUUCAGAUUUUUAGCUGAGUAUGAAAAAAAUUUAACAAUCCUAAUUCCAAAAUUUUUUUGGGAUAAAAGUGUAAUAAGUCUAUGAAGACUUAAAACUCAACUGUAUAUUAUUGUCCUAGGAACUUUACUUUCAGUAUUUCUGUGUUGGCACAUUCCAGCUUCAUAUGGAGAUUUCUGACCAAAUCGAGGAACACUAUCUUGGGUUUGUUUGGGUUAUAUGUCUCUCUAGUUUUGUUAUUUCUUAUUUAAAGUUAUAAAUGUGGAUUUUUUUUUUUUGGUAUUCUGUUUAAUGUUUAGGGUAACAUUAUAUACAAUUCUACAAAAAUAUUUUUUAAAGAAACAUCAUGAAAGAUAUUCCCCCUUAAGUUUCAAACACAUGGAAUCACUCAUAGAUUUGAAUUUUUGUUUCAUCCUUCCUGUUCCAAAGUUCACUGUGUCUCAAAAACUGUUUGGUGGAAGUGCUAUCGAGAAGUGAACGUGCCAAAAGGCAAGUAUUAUGAAAAGAGACAGCAAAAAGCCAAUAAAAUUGAUAAUUUCUGAGCAGCAAGUUU